AUGCAUCACUAUACAACAUCUACCUGCGGGCAGCUGCCAGAGAGUAAUUCGUCGAAAGGCAAACAUAUGUGGUCCAUGGACAUACCCCGCCUUGCAUUUCAAUCAGACCUUGUACUAAGUGCAUUGCUCGGAAUCUCUGCUCUGCAUCAAGCGGCUCUCACACCUUCGGACGUCGAGGUAUCUCGUGCUGCGGAAAUGUACUUCGAUAAAUCUGUGACAAAUCAUAGACAGGCUUUGAGCACCGCCACCCAAGAUUCUGCCGAGUUUUUGCUGGCCACUGCAAUUUUAAUAUGCCAUCACGCAUGGCUGGCCGGACAUACAUCUGUCCCAGGUCGACAAUAUGAGAUACCUUUGCAAACUUACUACAUGGCUCGUGGUAUCCAAGCACUGUUUGAUCAGAUGUGGCCGUGGUUGGCAGGUUCUGCAUACCUAUGGUACGUGGAGCGCAUGCCUAUCGAGGAUUUUGAAACUCCAGCUUCGAACAGUAGCUUUUGGAUAAGGGGUCAGGAGGAUUUGGAUCUCUUAUCGAAGACCUUCGAGCACUCAGAAGUAUCCAAGCGAGACAGAUCCGUGUACAAGGCUACGGCGAGGGAAUUAAGAGCGCUCUAUCAGGCAAUCGACGCCCAACCAUCCCAACCAGGAAUUCAGAGAAGAGUUGCGACGAUGCCCCUUAAACUUCCAAAACGAUUUCUCGACCUUGUCGAAAUGAAGUAUCCCCGAGCUUUGGUAUUGCUGGCAAGAAAUAUUGCGUUGCUAAAUAUGAUUCCUCACGUAUGGUGGUUGCAUGGAGUCAGGUCUUCUCAAUCGGUUACUGACACCGCAAUAUCUGGUAUUGCAGCUAUGCUUCCAAGUGAAUGGAAGUGGUCCAUGGACUGGCCUUUGACAGUCAUCUCUGGGGAAUUCAGCCAAUAG